AUGGUGCAUCGUGGGUUGAAAACCCCGGUCGCUCAAAGUCCCGCGUGGCAGGAUUCUACAUUGGUACCUCUAUUCUCCUAUUAUUCGCUGUUGGAAUAUUCCUUACUUGAGACUUGGGAAUCUGGUGGACACAGGAUUAGCAGGUCCAAGUCAUCCGAACGAAGUGGUCGGGACUUGAUGAGGACGAUCACAUUUGACGCAUCUGAACGAGGACAAGAAAGCUAUAAGACAGCGGUCGUAGCACGUCAGAUAUCAGUUGCACCCGAGCUUGCAUCUCAACUCCGAACAAUAUGGAUUGUUCAAUCCGUAAUUCUUAUUUUUAUGGUAAGCAACAACGAAGAAGAACUUAACUUCUUGCUCCAAUCAAAAGUGAACCGACGAGGACGCUUUUCCCGCCCGGAGCCUCGCACCAACGAGAGAUUUCGAUCUUUCAUGCUAGACCACCAAGGUGUUAGAUCACAAAGACGCGACGUUAACGACAUUACGAGACGUAUCCAGUAG